GCAUGCGUCAUCACAUCGUCGUGAGAGCCGGAUAGAAAGCGUCGAAAAUGGCGGAGUCUUUGAGACGUUUGGUGAAUAUCGGUACAUUUACCGUGCUUCAAGAAAAAUUAGAGAGAUGGCUGCAAAACUAUUAUAUCAACACAUGUGAUCAGAAUGUGGCGAGGUGUUGUGAAAUCAUUGAGCUUAACGGCAAAGUCCAGGGCCAGCUCUUCAAGCUUCUUAGCGUCACUGCAGAGGCUGGAGGUCUAUACGGUGGGUCGGCCAUCAUUAAGUCCCGUCUCCUCCCCUUCCUCGGCAGCAACUUCUUCUCUUCUGGAGGAGCAGUGACUGCUGAUGCCAGUCUGUCCGUCCUUGCCGAGGCUGCUGGCAAAAACAGGGAGCUGGAUGAGCUUCAGGAUAUGUACGAGAAAUCGUUACAGGAUUUGGAGGUGGACCUUGAUGAUAAGAAGGCAGAAUUACAAGAUGUCCGAGAUGAGCUGCAGGACACUAAAGAGGAGCUCAACCGAACUCUGCGUACAUCCACAAGUGAUAAAAUGUUAACAGAGGUCGAAACUAGAGAGCUAAGGAGGAAACUCGCACUAGCUGAGGAUGAAGUGCGCACAUUAAGAUCCAAAGCAGGAUUGCUAACUGAUUACGAAACCCAAGUGCGCCGUUUGCGUGAUGAUAUCGCAUUGCUUACAUCUAGGAGAGAUUCUCUGUACCGCUCUUCCUCUUCCAUGUCAUUGCCCCUAAAGGAUGACACUUAUUUGUCAUCUCAUUCACAAUUAAAAGAUGACCUGCCUAAAAAGAGUGAUUCUUAUAAAGAUCAUAAGUCUGGGCUGGCUGACUCCCAGGAUGAAAUUGUCAAGUUACGAGCUAGGUCUGGUCUUGUCGAUGAUUAUCAGCGGGAGUUAAGGAAUCUUAGGACUGAGCUCUCUAUUGUCGGUUCCAAAAAGAGCUAUCUUGAUAGCUCUAAGCAUUCCAGUGACAUGCUUGGAUCUCUGUCAAGCUACACUUACACGCCUCGUAUCAGCUCACCUUUGUCCUGCAAUGAUGCUGUCCAGAAAGUGCGACAACACAAACUCCUCUCACUUUUCAAUGACAUGUUCAGCCACCAACGACUUGAUGCCAUGGAUACCCUGCGUCAUUACACUGAAGACAAUGAAAACAACCAGCGCAUCAUCUUCCUUGCUAUGCAGGAAGCAUACUGUGCAGCCAAACUGGCAUUCCGUCAGUUCAAGAUGAAGGUACGUGCUAACCUGGCGGCUACACACAUUGGCCCAGAGACGCUGGAGGAGGCUGUACAGGACUACAUCAACAGGAACACAGAUCUGUAUGAUCUGCCAGGAAUGGUGUCGGAUGUGAUCCGGGCACUGAACCGAAACCCCAAGAUCUUCCUGCCUUCAGACGAAUUAUGUACUUUUGCCGUCAUCCAGCCAUUCAUCCGGGAAGCCUGCAAGCUUGCUUGGCAGAUGAAUGCCCUCGCUCACCCAAUGGACAUCUCAGUGGCCUCAGACGCUGAGUUGUUUGAUGAUAAGAAGUACAGGAGGAGCUACGACUCUGAGUACACUGCACCACUCAUCAACCAUCACAUCUGGCCUUGUCUCACUCAGGGAAUCAAGAUAAUCACCAAGGGUGAGGCGGUCACACGCCGUGGUGCCUCCCUAGGGAAACCAAGGAUGAGUAGGAGCCCUACUAGGUCCCGUUCCAUCAGCCCGGGUCCACGUCCACGCUCUCGCUCCCGAUCUCUGAGUCCCACCCGUCGCAGUCGUUCACCCAGCCCACGUCGAAACACAUACAGCUCAGACCCAGUAUAUUAAACGGUGGUAAUUGAUGGAGGACAUGUAAGAUUGUUGAUCAUGUUAACAGUGAUGUUGGAGAGUCAGGGCGGCCAUAUCUGGUCAACACCAACCAUCAUCUCAUCCCAACAUUUCGUUGUGAAGCAUCAUUGUCAGUGGACUAUGGUUACAAAGUCGUUGUUAAUGGUGAAUGUUUGACUGUAUUUAUCAAUAUUGUAGUAAAAUCUGUCCUUUGUUACUUCCUUUCCAUGUUUAGACUUUCCUGGAGACGUUUAUGUAACACUUUGCCUCUCUACACAGUCUGUUACGUUUAAACCCUGUCAGCUUCCAAACUGUUGACAGGGCAGUGAAACUCUACAUGAGGCCAAAUUCGUGUUGAAAUUUGUGUCUGGAAAACUUUUUAAGUAAAUUUUCUCAGAAUCGUUUGUUUAGUUUGCAUCAUUAAUAAUCAUUACGUAAGUUUUUGUUUAAAGGAUUUGGAUGGGUUUUUUUCUCAGCCUUCAGGGCCAUGCGAUCAUGAGUAAUCGUCUUCUUUACAUUUCUGCUGUGAUACUGGUGAUAUAAGAACUGUUUGAAGCUAAUGAUGAUAUAUUUCAUACAUGUAUUAUUAUAGAUAUAUUUAUUUUUUACUGUUGAGUUGAGUUUACAUGUUGAAGUAGAAAGUGCAGACAUCAUUUGUCCGUCCAACUCAUUAAGUAUUAUAUCUUUUAACAUCUCUUAGUCAUAAUUCAUUGUGAUAUAUAUAUAAUGGUAUUUUUUGUAAUAUUAACAGGGAUAUACCUAUUUUAGGGAAAUUGUUAUAUGGUUUUUGUGUGAUAUUUCGUAGGUAGAUAAAACAAUGGGUUAAUAUCUGAACCACCUGGAGUGUACAAUAGGUACUAGCACUAACAAAGAAAGGAGAAUUUAUUUUCAUUCAAGAGAGGUUGUAUUAUGAGGAGCACUUAGCACAGAAUGAUGUAAAUUACCCAUUGGCUGUACAUUAUUGUAGGUUUUAUACAGUAAUAAAAUCUAUUUACCAUCAAG